ACAUCUCCGAACUCAUCGCCGCGAACGGGAAAGAGCUGCUCCGUCGUCGUCGUUGGUUGUACCAAAAAUCGAAUAUGGCUGCCGUGCUGUUGAAAAAAUUCGCAACGAUCUCGGUUCUCGGUUCUAUUUUCGCGCUGAUCGGUACGGAACAGCAACUGUAAAGCCACAGUUUAACGCGUCGCGAGUUUGUCCGUGCGGGAGUGUACAAAUCCAGCUUCGUGCUUCGCUGCAAACCGCCGAAAAGUGGCGAUCAAAUUCCUGGCCCUGAGACAGCCUUUUUCUCCUGUUCGGUAUUUCGAUCCGUCGUUCGUCAGCCAGUUCCCCUGCGGAAAGAGCGCUUCUGUGUCUGAUUCCGAUUCGGGUUAUUUCAUCGGUGGAUGCAGGUUGAAGAAAGCGACACCGGGAAAGAUUUUGUGUGACUUCAGCAUUUUCAGUCCACCCGAAGGAAGGGUGUCUUCAGAAGGAAGAAGGGACAUAGAAUCCGGAGCAGUAUUGGGUGGAGGAGCCAGUAGUGUUUGGAUACAGGAGCGGAACGCGAAUUGGCGAAUCAUCACCAUCCCGUCUUUCCGGUCGGAGCCGUAGAAGGAUUUCCGUUUGCUCCGUGGGAGUGAAGAAAAUAAAGGCUUGCCCACUUUCUCGAAAAGUGCAAUCACCGCAGAAUCGCCGCCGUGAAGAGUGUCUUGUGCGGUCGCAUUUUCGCCGAGUGCAUCGACGCAAGAAUAUUUUUUCUACGCGAACGAAUUGCGGUGCUGCGGAAACUUGACGACAGAAUCGUCAUCAUCGGGAGGAAACCGCAUCAGCAGCAGCAGCAGCAAGCAGAGCAAAAAUUUUGACCACUGGUGAAGAAAAAAACGCACCAGAAAAAAAAUAUGCGCGAUGAACGGAAGAAAAUUCCGCUGAAGAGCAGAAGCAGUGUGUGAGAAGAAGAACAACAAUAUUCGACACAACAGCAACAACAGAACGGGAAAACAUCGACCGCCGUGAAGAGGAGAGAGUGUGUGCGAUUAGAUUUUGACAGUUCGCCGUGUUGCGUCGCUGUUUGCGUGUGAAUUUGUGUGAAGUCGCUCUCUCUCUCUCAGCUCCCAUCAUCUGCGAUAACACAACAAACAACAACAAAAACAAAGCAGCGAUUGCGAGUGCGACAACGGCGACGACGAAUAGUCAGCGAGGAAAAAGUGAAAUAAAAAAAAAACGGAAGAUCUGCAAGGGUGUUGUGUGUUUCGAUUUCUUUGCUGCUUUAUUUCGGUGGAACGGAUCGUGUGUGUGCGCUUUGGGGCAGGGAUUUUGAGGGGAAUUCGCGAGAUGUUUUGCGAUAAGCUUCCUGAGGGAAUCGCGAGUGAUUUGUGGUGAAGAAAUAGAAGAGCAGAUCGUAAAUCCAAUUAUUUCGACCGGCUUUUCGCUAGUGUUGGAUCCAGCUUACUAUUGAAACAGAUAAUUCCAGUAUUUGUGCUGAACGAGUGACCGCGAGUGUACGUGUGUGCGAUUGGUGUGUUCGCCCUCUUACGUGCGCGUGUUUAAGUGUAAGUUUGUGUGAGCAUUCGCGUCGCGCGCGAGUGAAGUUCAUCCCCGACCCAGUUGUUUAGUAAAUCGGCAAAAAUUCCGAAAAAUAAGAAAAAAAGUAUGGCUGAGAAUUCCGUCAGCAACAGUUUACCAUCGUCACAUCAACAUCCAAAGACAGCAGGUCGUGGGGGAGGUGGCGGUGGUGGAGGAAGUCUUUUACAUCAUAACAAAUCGCUGGACAUGACUUCGUCAGGCGGUGGCAGCAACAGUGGUGGCAGCACAUCGACAACCCCCGGGAAAGGUGGCGGGAAGCAUGCAAAUGUCAUUCACCGGACCACAAGCGAAAGCUUACGGUUAGGGGGUGGGCCUGGGGGGAGUGGUGGGGGAGGCGGAAGCAGUGUAAACGACAGUUCCAUAAGCAGUUCGACUCCGCCGUCUUCACUAAUGCACUCGUCCGGUUCUAUCAACAGUAUCUCGAGGGCUAUUGCCGCGGCUACGGCCGCCGUCACCGGGAAGACGUCCUCGUUUAUGAUCACAUCGGUGACAGUUGGCGCCCGCACCAGUGCUGACAACGGCGAUGACUCAGCAGAUGACCUUGACGAAUCGCACACUGAUGACAACAGCCGGAUAACGGACUUUGAGAAUGAGACUCCAUCAUUUUCUGAGGAUACGUUUAGUAAGGAGGACGUAUUUUUCGCUUCGAACGCAAUUGGAAGUGUUCCAGUCAUUCCGACGAGCUCUCAGUACGGCUUAGCUAUCGUGGCACCAACAGACCGUGGUCACGGCGCAGAAGCCCUUGCAGACGCAAUGCACGUUAGUGUUACAGAUGCGGGUAUAAAUAUAAUGGGGCACGCCAAGGACGAUGGCAAAGAUCCACACCAUAGAAAUGAACGAUUCAAGGUGGUGAAAAUUGAAAGUACUGAACCAUUCAAGCGCGGCCGCUGGGUAUGUAUGGAUUACCUGGACCAUAGUACGCUACAGGCUUCGCCAAAGGAGGGUGCAUCCGGAGCCGGCGAAGAAGCAUCUGCUGCAUCUACAAUCGUCGAUUCCAACUCCAUCCGAACUCAGGACAGUGGAGUGGUGCUGAAUGAAAACUACGCAUCAAAUGCGGUCGAUGGAGACAAUUCUGAUUAUCAUACUCAUCUAGCUGCCAGCGUCCCAGCUAACCCUAUCUUAGGUCUACUAAACAAUGAAUCUCCUGGACAAAGUCUAAAUCUAACCCAACCGGCAAUCGGAACGUCUGCUGGCGGAACCAUUCCUCAAUCUCAGCAAACUAGUCAUGCUCAACCUGCAACAGUGCCGCAUAGCCUACCGCAGGCCCAGCUACAGAAUGCCCUAGCCGGAGCCGGAGCCGGCGCAGGCAACGGGUCAGUACCAGUUCCAGCUGCACAACCGCAAGGACAAUCCCAAUACUAUCCUCACACCAUGUCCAAUAUGGCGGAUAUUACUCAACAGCAGCAACCGCAACCACAACUUCAGCAGCACCAUCAACAUGGUGUCACUCUGCCAAGUAACAUUCAGAUGCAACCGCAACAAGCGAACAGUGCAGCUUCCGUGUCGUCUACCGUUCUUCCGCCAGUGGCAACUGCCCCGUCUACAUCACAGGAAAUGAACAUCGUCAUCGCCAAUCCUCAGCAUCAGCAAUCACAGCAAACGAGCUUCCCCUCUCCUCAGCAAUUUCAGCAACCCUCCCAAACUAAUUCUCCAGUCGUGGCCAGUAUCGGCGAGCCGAUGCCUACGGAAUCGGUCAUUCUAUCGCCGUCCUCUUCCCUGGCUACCGCUGGCUCUGUUUCAACUAGCUCGGUAGCCGGGAACCUUCCCCCUCAACAGCCAGAAUCCGCUGCGCCGGCAGCUUCGUCGGAGCCGCUUGUAACCCCCUCGGCGUCAACCACAUCAUCUCCCGUAACGGCCACUGCAGUAAACAGCGAGAGCAGCAUUUCUGCCCCAGCAGCAAGUUCCACGCCCAGUUCGGCUGCCAACGCAGCCACAGUCAGCUCCCCUUCCAUGUCGAGCACCACAGGGGUUGCCACCACCACCAGCGCCAGCAGUCAACAGAAACAUGCUUCGAUCGCUGCUGCCGCUGCCGCCGCCGCGGACCAUCUUUCGGAAUCGAACCUACUGUCCGCCGUGGCGGGAAUCACCGCUGCAGCGGUUGCCGGAACCGGCGGAGAGGAUGGCGAAAAAUCCGGCGAGGAUGGAGAAAGCUCGGGCCGGAUACAACCGGCAGCGGCGGCCUCGGCGGUAUCAACCGAUUGGACUGUGCACGAUUCGAUGGCCGAUAAUCAGACUGGCGCCCGGCAACACCUGCCACUGUCGUUGACCAGUAGUCUCCAGCGAGACCUGCAGCAAAAUAUCCCGCUAGAUCGAACUAGAAUUCCCAAUAGUAGCGCUAGUAGUAGUACUUACAAGAACACCAUCUACACCGACAUUGCCCUCGGGCGGUCCAUCCAGAACGUGAUGCGUCCAUCGUCGAUCGGAGGUUCGCGCUUUGGCGCGGCUGCGACCUCGUCAACCCAUCCGGAGACCCAGCACCAGGAUGAAUCGCUUUGCAAAAGUGCUUUCAACUUUUUGAAGGGCGGCGGCAACAGCCACAGCAUCGCCAGCUGUACGGCCAAGCACCCGCACAAGUGUGUUCAAGACUUAAUCAAGGAGGAAUUCGGUGGGUACGGUGGCUCGACCGGAUCCGGAAGUCUCAGCAACGCCGGAAGCUUAGUGAACAUCCACGUCGAAUCGGAUUACCCACCGCAUGGAGGUGGCAUUGCGGGCAUACCCGGUGGGUUUCAGUCCAAUCCGGGCUCGGGCCGAAACAGUCCGUCCCACCAGCUGUUCCACCACGGAUCGCCUCCGAAACUGCUCAACGCAAUUGGCCACUCGAUAAGCAUACCAAACAGUACCCGGGUCAGUCGAGCUCCGUCACCGUCGUUCCUGCACGCAGUCGCCGGAGACCAUCCAAGUGCAUCUGGGACCAGUGCGGUUGCGAUUGACAACAAGAUCGAGCAAGCUAUGGAUCUUGUCAAGUCCCACCUGAUGUUCGCCGUCCGCGAGGAGGUUGAAGUGCUGAAGGAAAAAAUCUCCGAACUCAUGGACCGCAUCAACCAGCUCGAGUACGAGAACAACAUCCUGAAGCAGAACGCCUCCCAGGAAACGCUCUCGCAGCUGACCACGAGCGGUGGCGGAGCGAGCAACGCCUCGACGACGGCGGCGGCAGCGGCAGUAGUGGCAGCAGCCGCCGCGGCCGCUGCGGCAACGGCGGCAGCGGCAGCCUCGGCCAGUGCACCCUCAGCUCCAGCCAGCAAGGGCCCCUCCAGUGCGGCGGCCAAUCCCAGCUCGAACGGUUCCGUUUCCUAGAUGUUCCGCCUAGACGCGCCCUCACAACACUACUCGCUACUACUACUACUAGCUGCUUAUUAUGAUAGUACUAGGAAAGACGAUAACUUGCUACGGGGUGAGAACGCUGGGCUGCGGUCGCCGCCUGUAGAUGAACCCGAUGUUGACGCCGGCCACAGAAACGAGGAACCGGCGUUAGACGAGACAAGACAGGGCCGCAUGCCGAGCCGCACACCCCCGACCACACCGCAAAAAGCACCUUGAAGACGAAGUCCUGGCAAACCAAUAUGGAAAGGAAAUUACAAGUAUCUAAUCAAGCAGAAACAAUAGAAAACAAAAAACAACUCAAAGCCAAGUUAAUCGUAAUUUGCUAGAAUCGAGAGGUAAGAAACUUCGUUCAUUCUCAAAUUCCUAAUACGCUAGGAUUUUAUUUUAGAAUUGUGUCAGAGAUGAUUAAAAUUGAAAACAGACCGUGGUAAGCAAUGCCAAAAUGGAGACAAACCGCACUAACGCUAGACAAGAAGGUAGAUUUUCUUUUUUUUCGAAUUAAGGGAAAAAGCAAGGCAACUGUAUGAAAUACAUUGAAAGCUCCUCGAACCCUCGAAAACUCCUAUUGGUAUUCGUCUCACUAAAUUGGAAAGGACUUAUGCUGAGUAGCGAUCCGUUGCGUUGGUUUGCGGUGUCCUAUUUCUGGAUAACUCUGCGCAGUAUCUCGAAAUGUCGACGCACUUCUGUCCCAACGUAGUUCGCAGGAAGGAACAGAACUGAUACAUUGGAAUUGUGAUUUUUAUGUCGCUGUCGAAUCCAAGCUUCGCAAAUUUUGCAUGGUUCGUUUGAAACUGCAAACUUGUUUGUGACUAAAAUGUGUUGUUCAAAGAACUCUACGAAAUUUGUGUCACUUGUGCAUAACAGUUUUUAGUAGAUUGAUGCUUCAACAUAAUGAAAGCAAUAAAAUAUCAUAUGGCAAGAAUGCUGAAUUUCGAAAAUGUUCGGUUUGGUAACGUUUUGUAGAGUUUUGAGUUUAUUUUUUAAAAGAUACUCAUCAUAAACUGAAGUAACUGGCUAUUUAAUCUAAUUCGAAUAUCAUUAUCAACCAGUGAGCAAAAUUUGUGACAGUCAAACUGUCUUUUUUGAAGGAAGAUACACAAUGAGAAGCGUACAUAUUUUCAGCGUAAAUACGACUCAAUCACGUCAAAUAUAGGUUUCUAUAACUUGACAAAAGUUCGUAACGCUACCAGACCAAGAAAACAUCCUUCAUGCCUACAAUUUUAUCUGAAAAAUCAUUAAAAUUUAUUAACGUUACCAUGUUUCUAUCAAUUGGCUAAACAGUAAUUAAAAUCAGCAUAUUAAGUUCAAAUAACUUCAAUGCAACUUAAUCCGAUCGUUGCCAAAACUUUUAAGCAUCAGAAUCAAGAAACACAAAAUUUUCUUUCCUAGCACAUACAUACAGAUUGCUAUGAAUAAAAAUAAAAAUAAUAAUAACGCGUUGACGGCAGAAAAUCGACAAGCUUAGCUAAAGAAGGUGAAACAAAGAAAUAAAGCAACCCAAAAUGUGAUUCUUUUGUACAUAUACAUAAAUGAUAGUCUAUCUGUAAGAGAAGAGACAUGAAUUAUCCGCGCGGAAUGGUUGGGUGUGACAGUGAUAAUAAAGGUAUGUAAAAGCAACACUAAGCAGUGAGUGCGCAAGUUGGAUUCCGAAUCAGAGAAGUUAGCUGACAGUUUCCCGAUAUAUCCCCCUCUUUACUGCAUUCGUGGUCCAAUUCUCGGGGUCCACUGAUUAUUGUAUGUGUGUGACCGAGUGCGAAUUCAUCGGCGUGAUUGGACAUGCAAAGCAAGUUGUAAAUAUUUCCGUAGGAAUGGUUGAAUGAUGAAUCUCGGAUAGUGUAUGACCUCUUAGGGCCCCGGAACGACCCCCACGAAGUAUUGCUUGCGAUUGGUGAACAAAUUUUGCGAUGCCAACGAAAAUAGGCGUGAAAACUGAUUAUUAGAAUAACACAAUUGUCCCAGACCCUACGCAACUGCUCUGGAGCUACUCUAACUAAAUAGCUUCUGAUGGUUGUUUAGAGUUCAGCGUAAACUAAUGAUGGCAAACUUUUUGGCGGUACGAGUAGGCUGGGGUCCAAGGCCCCGGCAAUCCAACCUCGCAGGCGAAGACACAUUAGUUGCGUUACCCUGGAUGUCAACCCAAACAGAAUUAGAGAACCGAUGUAAAAACAAUCAGGGAAAGCCAAUAAAUAGUUGUUUGAAUUUGAUCUGAUGGAACUGAUGAGCAGACAUUAUUAUCCAAUAAAUCAACCGAUGAUGAUCGAUGAAACGGCCGAACACGGCGUAAGAAGAAGAAGAAAAUCGGUAGCAUGAAUGCUGUGAAUAGUUUGUAAGAACCCAAACAGUACGUUUCCUCUUUUUUACAUACCGAGCGAGCGAAAGUCACGCCCUUCCGCGUCUGUAUUCGACAUAGGUCGUUGUCAUCGUAGGCUAUAAGAGGAACUGUUGAUAGGCUGUUAAGAAAUAUCUUGUUUAUUUUUAUAGGAUUUUUGUUCAAUUGUCCUAGUUGAAAACGCAAUUAUGUAGUCAGUCCUAUUUAUUAUUUUGUAUAUUGGUUAACCAAAAAAUGAAGCAAAGCAUUGUGUGCACAUGCGGAGAAUGAAUGAGCGAGAAAGAAUAAGAUGAUGAGGAUAGUUUUGGACAAAUAAAAAGAUUAAUAAAUAAAUGUGGAGAAGUAAGAGAAAAUGCGAAGCGUAGAUGUCGCAAACGAAGGAAUCAAUAAAUAGUUAAGACUAUCAAGCAUUAUUCAAUAAUGAAACUGCAGAAAAUGAGCGAUAAACUUAAGCGAAUGAAUACGAAGCAAACAAGGUGUUGAUAAUAUAGUCAUUAUAAAAUAUGAUAAUUUAA